AAAGCAGUCAAAAGGUCAAAAGUGUCAAAAUUUAUGUCCCGUUAUGUCCACCUGACGCUACACUUGAGUAGCGUCGUUAUUGGCAGUAUGUGUAGAGUGUGUAGAGGGUUAGGUCUGGUUGGCGAGAGGUAGAGUACUUGGAAGUUAUUGGCCAAGUACUAUAUUUGCUGUGAUGAAAAAGUAAUGUGUGAAGUAUUAACUGGAUUCGUGGCCGUGAUAUGAAUAUUUGAUGUCUGAUAAUUAAAUGCACUGCUACAUUCCUAAUGGACCUGAAAGUGAUUUUAUGUGAGUAAUGGGCAAGCAAGAAUGGCAGGAUAGCAGCCCUCUGUGUUGCUGUGAAUACUGGAAUGUUCAUGAAGAAAGAAGCCACAUAUUAGGUUGUUGCUGUAAUUGCGAGGACUUGGAUGAGAGCGUUGAGAGGAUAAUUGUCUGCGAGCGAGUUCCAUUUCAGCGUGUAAGCAGCAUGAUGAGCACCUUCCAGGAUCGGUUACGGAUACCAUGGAGGGGAGGAGCCAAACAGAUUUCGAUUGAUUCAGCAUUGCCUAUAGUCUUGCAGCCAGUGCUAGCAUAUAUUGCUGCCCAAAGCGUGUGGUGUACAGUGCUAGUCUCACUGACCAUGUUGUUUGGCAUGUGUUACUUGUAUACUGUCUUUGUACGAUUCCUGCCACGAACAAAAUUCUUCUUUGUUUGGACCUUGACAUCUGCUAUUCUCCUUCUGCUGGUAUUUGAGUUUAAUGUGGUGCCGUUUCUGGAGAUCAUGCCACAUGAGAAUUGUGUGCUCAUUGGUCUAGUUAUAUCUUCAGGAAUAUGCUUGUAUAAGGUGAGGACAAGAGCAGAGUUGAACUUUGUAGUUCAUGCUGAUAUGGAUGAGGAAACAGAAUUGGCAUGUUCUGUGUGCAGGCGAAGAGUUCCACCUCGUACUUUCCACUGUCUCAUCUGUCAAGGGUGUGUUGUUAAGCGUGAUCAGCACUGUGUUUGGUUAGAUUGUUGUAUUGGAGACAAGAACCAUCAAUUGUAUGUGUUGGGAGUCCUUUUGUCUGUGGGAACAUUGGUGUAUGGAGCCAUUUUAACUCUGACCACAGUGUGUCACCCUUCAUUCUAUAUAAUGGAGACAGUUUUGCUGCCUGAUGAUUGCAGUGAUGUUUACCAUGAUUUCACGAUUGCACUGUGCUUUGUGAGUUCUGUAUACUGCAUAGUAAUGGCAUUCUUACUGCUGUUGUUACUGGGUCAUCAGUGUUGGCUUAUUACAUUGGGAAUGACAGGUCAGGAGUGGCGUUGUGUGCAGGGCCAUACUUGGUGUGCUGCGCUGAGGUCAGAUAGGCCUCAUAAUCAUGGUGUUUUGAACAACUGGCGAGAUUUCAUAUCCUGUCACAAGCCUUUGAGGGAAGGACAGGGGAGGGUCAAAGAAGGAUUAAUUAAUUCUGUAUAGUCUAUGGAUAAUUCAUGUCAAUACUCAUUCAUGUUGAUAUUUGGGAGACAAGUAGCAUUUUAAUUUCUGCAUCAAGAAGCGAUAAAGGUGGGAAGUCUGCAUCUUUUGCAUGCUAUUGUCUAUUGGUUAUGGCUGUUAUAUUUACCUCAUCAGCUUAACUUAUUAAUUCUUUAAUCACUGUGUGCGAAAGAAGAAUGUGAUGUGACUGUUUUGUUGUUUAUGUUUCUCUAAGGGCGGCUGCACACCAACUGCGUCAAGACAAGCAUCAAGACACGAGACAAAAGACACAGUCUUGCUUCAUUCAUGAUUCAUCAG